AUGCAAUUGCACAAGGACACUACGUACAUUUGUUCCGAAUUGAGAGAUGAAAUAUCUGUUUGGCGAUUUUUAGAUUCGGUUACUAAUUAUAUUCCAUGGAAACCAGACUUUCAACUUUCAACUAUUAAAUUAGCUACAGAUUCUUCUAACUUCAGAUGGGGCGCCGUACUUAAGGGCCAAGGAACACAAAGUAAUUUUGGUGAUUAUUGGGAUGAGUUUGAUUUAUUAAGUCCUAUACAUGUGAAAGAAGCUAAGGCUGACACUGAAAUCGAUGAGGUCUUCAAUCAAAAAUACGCAUCAUCCGUUCGUAUAUUAGCCUACAAAGGAGAUGGACACGUGUUAUUAUAUCCGUCAAAAACCGGAUUCAGAGCAGAUAAACACGGUCUAACAUGGAAUUUGUUAGUUGUGCGUUUCGAUAAAUUUGAUAAAAAGCCAGAGAGGUUCGGAUGUUCUUUAGUGCCAAAUCAUGUAACAAUGUUGGUGGUAUUAGAUGAGGACUUAAGAGACGGGUUGCAUUUGAAUAAAAUGGGAAACCUGAAAAUGAUGGAAAAUAUUAAUAUACUUUGUAUAUCAGCUAGUAUUGGCCUGUUAGUUCGUUCAUGUUAA